AUGAAUGGAUGCUACAGCUAACGGAUCGCCGCCACCAUCGAGGCUGGAUGUCUAUUUUUGACUUUAUUUCCUUAUUCUUCCUAUGCGCUCACCAUUUUUGUUGUUGUUGUUUUUUUUAUAGCCCCCACCCCACGCCCUUUACUCGUGUUUGUCAGGGGUGGAGAGGGAAAAAAAGAAGGACGACGGGGGUGUCUGUGUGUGUGUGUGUGUGGUGGCGCUCGACGGGGAUAAAGAUGGAGGUGAAUGUGGCGUCCCCGCCGCUCGGUGUCCUACCGCUGGGUUGAAUGCAGGAGCUUUGAUAUGGAUGCACGUUUUUUUCUUGUUUUCCGGACAACGUUGAACUAUUGUCGGGCCUCGAUGGAAAAGGAACAAUCCUGAAAAAGACAACCCCCCCACCCCCCGACCCUUUCUUUUUAUAUUUACCCCAUUGCACCCCGCACCUUCCGUCAGCAUCCUCCUCCCCGCAUCGGAGCGUAAUGUGCCUCCCUACGCAUGCAAAUGGUGGCCGGGUGAUGCCUCCCGGGAGGGAGCCGGCCACGAGCCGCCGCCUCCGCUGCCCCCACCGCGCCGCCGUUCGUCAAUGAGACGCACGCCGCUUCUUCCUGCCAUGUCCAGUGUGCCAUCACUCUAGCGGGACGCUCGGUACCCCAUGCGGGGGAGGCCCUGAGCCCCUGAGGUUGGUCCACCUCCCCCCUGGCCCCUUCUACACACUCCCCCCUCCCCAAAAAACAAGGAGGUCACGAUGAAGAAGAACCGCAACGUGCGGCGGGCCUGGGCCGGCUCGGAGAAAGACAUCCGUGUGCAGAAGCAGCAUCUUCCUCCCCCUCCUCCUCCUCACUUCUCGCCGUCCCCGCCGAAUUUUCGGGCGUCAGGUGAUGUGUCGCCCAUCAGCAUGUCGCCCAUCAGCCAGUCGCAGUUCAUCCCUCUGGGUGAGAUCCUGUGCCUGGCGGUCUCGGCUAUGAACGCUGCGCACAAGCCCGUCAGCCAGGAGGCUCUGGUGGAGCACCUCACUGCCAGCUUCCCAGGCGUGCCAACACCCAGCUUGGAGGUUCUGCGACACACCCUGAACAUGCUGGUGCGAGAAAGGAAGAUCUAUCCGACUCCAGAGGGCUACUUCAUCGUCACACCCCAGACCUACUUCAUCACGCCGUCCCUCAUCAGAAGCAACAACAAGUGGUACCACCUGGAUGACCGGCUGCAGGAGCGACAAGCGCACCCCCAACUUCAAUCUCAGCAGUGUACUUCACCCAAGUCGGGUAACGUCACGCCGUCCACGCCCGGUUGCCUGUCGCGCAAGAAUCACAAUGACUCGUACAAUUCCCGACGAGAUGAGCUGCCCAGGCUUCAGAGUAAGACACCAAAGGAGCACCCGAAGGCCGACCCCCAACCGAGUAAGACCCCUAAGGACCACGGAGGCAGCGAACCUACAGCGAGCAAGGAGCACCGUGGAGAACCGCCGUCCUACCCUUACCCACCUCCUCUCACGUCGCCCCCUGUCCAGCAACCGCCACAAGAUCUGGCGGAAAAGAGUAAAAGCGUCACAUCGUUCCCUUACAGAACCGACACCCUGACCAAAAAGAAAGAGGGGAGCGGAAGCAGCGAGAAACUAUCCAAGCGUUUCGGGCUGCGGCUCUUCCGCCUAAGCUUCAAGAAGGACAAGAUGAGACAGCUCGCUACUUUCUCGGCACAGUUUCCACCGGAGGAGUGGCCACUGCGCGACGAGGACGUGCCUGCCGCGCCCAUCCCACGUGAAAUAGAGAUGGAGAUCAUCCGGCGUAUCAACCCGGACCUGACGGUGGAAAAUGUGGCCCGGCACACGGCCGUGAUGAAGCGGUUGGAGGAAGAGCGCACGCAGAAACACAAGGCGGGGUCGUCGGCGCAGCACAGCGCUCGCAGCCGUCGCGGUCGUGGCCACCGGCGGGCCCCGCACGGUAAGUCUCGCUCACACAGCAAGCCACGGACCUCCCGGGGGGAGCCUUCGGAGGGCUCGAAUUGGGAUCUUCUUUUCAUGGAAAGGGAUUACCGUUUCUUCAGUCACUCGUUGGUCCGCUCCCCUCGGGAGGCCAUGUACACCCUGGAGCGACGGCGGAGCGGCGGUGCCACGUACCUCGUCCACAGCAACCCUAACAUUACAGAGUCAUACUGCCCGGUCACGCCCGAGUGGGACGUGUCCGGGGAGCUCGCCAAGAGGAGGACAGAGAUGCCCUUUCCCGAGCCCUCUCGUGGCACGUGUCAGUCUAGGGUUCAGAGGAGUCACAGUCACAAUCAGGACCGUAAGUCACGUCACGACCGGUCAGACCAAGCGAAGGAGCGGUCUCGUUCCAUGGACAACUCUCUUAAAGGGCCAUCACUUGGCCCACUGGAAGACUUUGAGGACGGACCGGACAAGCGCGGCCACUACUACACGGACGACGGCACAUUGCGCGCUACGCAGAAGUCGGGCCACUACUCAAGGAUCAUGUUCUCUGCUGCUAAGUUCCACUCUGAUUUCAAUGUGCCUGAUUUAGGGAAAGGGAGCGUGGACGAGUUACGGGUCCGCAGUACGAUGGAGAGGAACAAGAGCAAAGACAGCCUGCCGACGUACAAUGAGCUUAUGGGACUUUCUCCAAAGCCCUCAGCGGAUGAGUACUUCCAGUGCAAUACGUCAAAUGAAACAAUCCUAACUGCCCCCUCGCCUCAGGCAAAAUCAGAAUAUGACACGUUAACCUCAUCAGGAGGACGCCGCAAGGGCUCUCCGGCAGACCGCCAAACGCCUCACCUUACCUCGCCGCACAAGAUGGAGUACAAGGAGGACUUGUCGGCGGCAAAGGGACAGAGCGGCGGCGGCGGCGGCUCUGUGCGAUUGACGCCGAGCCAGACGCCUGAGCCGGCGCAGAGUGCCCGCCUGACACCACACCAACACAACGUGGACCCCGGAGGGAGCGGCGGCGGAAGCAUGUCAAUCAAAAGAAAGGAGAUCUUCAGCAAGGACACCUUGUUCAAACCCCCACACAAUGCCUUGUCCGCGGGCUACGCGGACAGCAGCUACACCAAGUCUGGCACAUUGCGGAAAGCCUCGCACGCCAAAUCAACAGAGGCCCUCGACAAUCCCGAGCCCCAGCAGCCUUCCAAUUCAGCCGCUUCUUCGGCUUCACCCGCGCUGUUACAGGGCAGCUUAGAGCCAACUGUCCCAUCCGCCUCCUUUGACUACUACAACGUCUCGGACGACGAGGAUGACGAGGAGGCGGAGGAGGACUCGCACAAAGAGUUGGCCGAGGCAGAGGAUGGCAAGGACCACCGGGAAGCAGGUAGUAACGGCGGGGGAGGUGGCACCGGCGGAGGCGGCAUUGUGGGCGGUGGCGGCGAGGAGGGAACCAUAAAGUGGCUACUGGAGCGGGAGAAGGAUCAUGAUCUGCAGCGCAAACUGGAGACCAAUCUAACCCUACUUAGCCCCAAGGAGACGGAGAACAGCAGCAGUCAGAAGUCGGCCCACUCGGCACGUUUGGACAGCAUGGACAGUAGCAGCGUCACGGUGGACAGCGGAUUCAAUUCACCCAGGACGCGUGAGAGCCUGGCGUCCAACACGUCCAGCAUUGUGGAGAGCAAUAGACGGCAGAACCCGGCUCUGAGCCCCGGGCACCACGUGGGCCCGGGCGGCGCAGGGCUGCCCUUCAGCUUCCGCGCCAUCCCCGAGCCGCCCGCCCCGUCACAGCCCGACAAACUCCAGAAGCCCGCCAACUGCCUGGCCUCCAUCACCAGCGUGUAGACGCCUCGUCAAGUAAGCCAGGGGAGUGCUUUGACCGCUUUCUUUUUGGUUUUGGUUUCCUUUAUUUUUCUUCUGGUGUCUCACACAUACAGUACACACACACCUUGGGACUCCUGAAAAUCGACUGGGACUGUUACAAACAAACAAAAACAAAACAGGCAUGGCUUCUAGAGACUGUUCCCACAGCUUCAAAAGGAACUUGACUGCAAAACAUAAAAUAAUAAUAAUAAGGAAAUGCGAGAAGACUAACAGAAAACCUUUGGGUGACUUAUAUGGAGAUUUACCGGUAUUGGAAAGUAGUAGAGUAUAGGAUUCAAGUAACAUUUGGAAGAUUUUUCUAUCACCUCGUGUCCAAUUCAGUGUUCUUCUUCCCGAACAAAGGCUCAACGGAUCAGCACAAUGUGGAGAACGCCACAAGAAGAAGAAGAAGAAGAAGAAGAAAAGACGGAAAAAGGAACAAUUAUACCAACAUAAAUCAGCUCUGGUUUGUGUGGCGCAAUGCAAAUGAUGUAAUGUAUACUCCAUACUUUUGAUAUCCUAAUUAUUAUAAUGGUGGUAUUAAAGAUGCUAUGUGACCAAAAAGCA